AUGGCACAAACCAAUGGCGAUAUGGAGCACUCGAAAGAGACUCCUGAAGCCCAGCCAGUCGAGCAGCCCACCAAUGGUGAACAGGUUGAAGGACAGCAGGAAGAGGAGAGCAGUGGUGGUCUUUUCCAGAUCUCUGUCAAGCUUCCACAUGAGCCUUAUAAGAUCCAGGUUAUGGUGUCAAGCCAAGAGCAGGUUCAGGAUGUCCGCCAAUCGAUCGUCGAAUUGCCCGGCACCUUCCAGUACACUUGCUUCCACCUCGAAUUCAACGGCAAGCGCAUUAAUGACUUUGUUGAAUUGUCGGAGGUUGAAGACCUCAAGGCCGAUUCUGAGAUCGUCCUCGUGGAGGAUCCUUACACGGAGAAGGAAGCCCGGAUGCAUGUGGUCAGAAUCAGAGACUUGGUUGGUGCUGCUGGCGAUCGUUCCGACAAUUUGCACGGUCUCGACGCCGGUCUGUCGCUGCACGAUGUUGUUACCACCGAAGAAGCCGCCGAUGAUGAGAAGGAGCACUCUCUGUCCAAGUAUGACAUCACCGCUUCUCCCUCUCUGAAGACCAUCCUCCCCAGAGCAGAGGCACCCCUCCCUAAGACUGUGAAAGCGAUUUCGCUAUCAGCAUGGAACCCUCCUCCCUACCAUCUUCGGCAGAAGGGUCACCUACUCUACCUUCAGGUUACCACCAACGAGGGCGAGCAGUUUCAGAUUACCUCUCAUGUUUCUGGCUUCUACGUCAACAAGUGCUCGAAUCACAAGUUCGAUCCUCUCCCCAGAACCACCCCCAAGAAAGUCAGCGCACACUCGCUGCUCACCCUGAUAUCCAAACUGUCGCCCUCCUUCGACUCUGCUUUUGAAGCUCUUCAGGAGUCCAACAACAAGAAGGACCUCCUGACUACCUUCCCUUUCCAGAAUGCUAUCCCUAACAGCCCAUGGCUCGUUACCCCUCCCUCUUCCAAUGCCAACUCCCAUCAGGCCGACAUUACUCGCUCUCAGGAGAGUUAUCUGAUCUCCGGUGUGGACAACGCCGAGACAUUGCGCGACUGGAACGAGGAAUUCCAGACCACUCGGGAGCUGCCCCGCGAGACCGUCCAGGACCGAGUAUUCCGGGAGCGCCUGACCUCGAAGCUGUUCGCUGAUUACAAUGAGGCUGCCGCUCGCGGUGCGGUGCUCGUGGCCAGGGGCGAAGUCGCUCCUCUGAACCCCACUGAGGAUCGCGAUGCUCAGAUCUUCGUGUACAACAACAUCUUCUACUCUUUUGGCGCUGACGGAGUCGGAACCUUCGCGUCCGAGGGCGGUGACGAAGCCGCCCGCGUGGCCGUUGGUAAGGACGUCUUGGGAAUCAAGGCAGUCAACCAGCUUGACAUCAACGGCCUCUUCACACCGGGAACUGUGGUCGUUGACUACCUCGGCAAGCGUAUCGUCGGUCAGAGCAUUGUGCCUGGUAUCUUCAAGCAGCGCGAGCCCGGAGAGCACCAAAUUGAUUACGGUGGUGUCGAGGGCAAAGACGUCGUCGCGACACAUCCCGACUUCGUCUCCGUCUUUGAAAAGAUGUCCAAGGCGCUCCGCAUCAAGAAGCACCCUGUGUGGGACAAGGAUGGCAAGCGCCACGAGCUCGAAGGUAGCGUCGAAACCAAGGGUCUUUUGGGCACCGAUGGCCGUAAAUACGUCCUUGAUCUCUACCGCGUGACUCCUCUUGAUGUUAUGUGGCAGGAAGAACCCGGCAGUGACGACUACCCUCACCGCAUGUCAGUCCUCAGAUUGGAGCUGGUUGAGUCAUACUGGAGGUCGAAGAUGAGCCAGUAUGUCAAGGCUGAGGUCGAGCGCCGUCGUGCCGCCAAGGCCCAAGAGGAAACUGCCAACAAGGAGCAGUCCUCCGAGGCCGCCGAAUCGAAAGAGCAGGAAUCCGAGGAAAAGACAGAGGCUCUUGAUCAAGAGCGGGUGGAUAUCUCCGGAUUCCAGCUCGCGCUCAACCCCGAUGUCUGCAGCGGCCAGGUCCCGCAGACUGAGGAGGAGAAGCAGCAAUGGGCCGAGGACGAAAAGGAGGUUCGCGAUGCUUGCGAGUUCCUGCGUUCCAAGGUCAUUCCCGAGCUGAUUCAGGACUUGCACGAUGGUGACGUUGGCUUCCCCAUGGAUGGACAGUCCCUCAGCCAACUCUUGCACAAGCGGGGUAUUAACAUCCGCUAUCUCGGCAAGCUGGCUCAGCUCUCCAAGGAGAAGGGCUCUCGCCUGGAUGCUCUGACCACUUUGCUGGUUCAGGAGAUGAUUGCCCGUGCCUUCAAGCACAUCACCAACCGGUAUCUGCGGAAUGUGCCUGCGCCUUUCGUCGCGUCCUGCGUCGCCCACCUGCUGAACUGCCUAUUGGGUGCUGACGUGAACUUCAACCCUCGCGCGGAGAUUGAUGCUUCCCUCCGCGAGAUCUACCCCGAGGGCGACUUCUCGUUCGAGAAGGUCACACCAGAGACCCUCCGGGCCGAGAUCGAGAAGCAGGUUACCCUGAGAUACCGUUACACUUUGGAGCCAGAGUGGUUCGCUUCCCUGAGACAUUUCCAACUUCUUCGUGACAUUGCCAUCAAGCUGGGUCUUCAGCUGGGUGCUCGUGACUACGCCUUCACCAAGGCUCAGCUUCCACCCAAGGUACCUGUCGCCAACGGCGUCAACGGUGCGGCACACGACGAGGGAAAGAAGAAAAAGAAGAAGGGCGGUGACUCCAAGUCCCCAAGCCGUGCUGUCGUCGAGGAGAAGCCCGUUGUUUCGAUUGUGCCGGAUGAUAUCGUCAACGUGGUCCCAUUGGUCAAGGACGCCUCUCCUAGGAGCUCCCUUGCCGAGGAGGCAUUGGAGGCUGGACGUAUCUCUCUGAUGCAGAACCAGAAGCAGCUGGGCCAGGAGCUCAUCUUGGAAUCUCUGUCCCUGCACGAGCAGAUUUACGGUAUCCUCCACCCUGAAGUUGCCAAGCUGUACCACCAAUUGUCCAUGCUUUACUACCAGACGGACGAGAAGGAAGCGGCUGUCGAGCUGGCUCGUAAGGCCGUGAUCGUCACGGAGCGCACUUUGGGUGUUGACUCUGCCGACACCAUUCUGGCCUACCUCAACCUCAGUCUUUUCGAGCACGCUUCCGGAAACACCAAGACUGCCCUUGUUUACAUCAAGCACGCCAUGGAUCUGUGGAAGAUCAUCUACGGAUCCAACCACCCUGACUCCAUUACCACCAUGAACAACGCCGCCGUGAUGCUGCAGCACCUCAAGCAGUACUCUGAUUCCCGGAAGUGGUUCGAGGCUUCCCUGGCCGUAUGCGAGUCGCUCUUUGGCAAGCAGUCCAUCAACACCGCUACCAUUCUGUUCCAGUUGGCACAGGCUCUGGCUCUUGACCAGGACUCGAAGGGUGCUGUUGGUAAGAUGCGGGAUGCCUACAACAUCUUCCUGAACCAGCUUGGACCCAACGAUCGCAACACCAAGGAAGCCGAGACUUGGCUCGAGCAGCUCACCCAGAAUGCCGUUUCCAUCGCCAAACACGCCAAGGACAUCCAGGCUCGCCGCCUCCGCCGCAUUAACAUGAACCCUCGUGUGACCACCCUUGGCACCAAGGUCCAACCCCAGGUUGGCCAAACAGCUCCUGAGGCUUCGGGCGCCAAGGAUGCUGCCAACGCCUCUCUGGACUCGCGCAGCAUUGACGAGUUGCUCAAGUUCAUUGAGGGAGGUGACACUACCUCUUCGCGCUCCAAGCAGAAGAAGCGUGCUGCGGCAAGCAACCCCAAGCUGCGCGGUUCGAAGAAGUCGUCCGCUUGA